GCUUUUGAGGCGUGAGUGCAUUCUAGAAAGCUACUUAAUAGUAAUGAUGGAUAUUACGUAAUUGAACUUAUUGGUGUUUAUAAUUGAAAAUGAAUUCAUUACUUCGGGGUGUGAUUUCUUUUACUGGAGUAGGGGACUUGGUGAAGGAAUCUUUGAUAUCUCAGCUCUCCUCAAGUGUGAAGGAGAUCCAGCUAGAAAUGGCCCAGGCCAAAGUGAAUAAUGAUACUACAGCGUCCUUGUGCACAGUUCUUGAAGCCAUCUUCAUACAUGGACUGAAGGACACUUUUAUGAAUAGAGUUUCACAGGCAAUAGGUGCAGACCCUGAUCAACGACCAGAACCCAGCUUCUGGGGACCAGUACUUAUAUUUUCACACCGUGAAAUUAUAGAUCAGAUCAAUUCCUUGAAUUUAGUCACUACAGAUGUAGGGCAUUGUCGAGCUUGGUUACGGCUGGCUCUGAAUGAUGGCUUGCUGUCUAGCUACUUUGAGUCAAUGUGCCGUGAUGGCAGUGCACUGAAGCCCUAUUAUCGCCGCUCAGCUUUUUUACGUGAUACAGAAAUGCUAGAGGUAGCACAACGUCUUGUGGAAGGCAUAGAAUUUUGCCAUUUCUCAGUGGCAUGCAAUUCUAGUCUGCUGAAUGUUUGGACCAAUCCACCACUCCUCCUUGCUGGGCUUUGGACACCACCACUGCGUUCUUGUCCAGUGGUAUCUGGUGUAGAUGUUGCCAGUACAUUAGAUAGUGGUGAUGCUGAUGAUUCAGCAAGCUCUGCUGUGUCAUUGUCUUCACACUCAUAUGAAGGUUCUGGAUUGGGAACAGUACUUGCCCUAAAUGAGGAAGAAGCAUUGAAAAUUAUUUUGGGCACACCUGUUGAUGAUUCCCCUUUAGCUAAUCCUGCAUUUCUCUUAGAGAAUGCAGAAGCAACCCAGGGAGCUCCAAGAAGCUCAAGCCCAGGCUUAACUGCAGAUAUAUGUAUGGUAGAAAAUAAUCAUAGUCAGGGAACUGACAUUCCACAGAGGAAUGAAGACACAGUAGGGGAUGAUGAUGGUCCGUCUAGUGUGGGUAAUUCCCUUGUUGGGCGAGCAGGCUGGUCAUCUUCAUUUGAAGAGGUUCCAGAUGGAGACCUUGAAGGACCGGAUCUCAUGCCAUCAGUCUCCCGUAAAACUACCACCCCAGUAAUGAAGAGUAAAACAUCAUUACUUCGAAGUCCUAAUGAGGUACAGAGUUACCACUCCCUUUUGGAGAGCUACAAUCUUGUGUCAGGAUCGUAUAUAAAAACUCCAGACCUGAGAGACUUCUUGCAGAGGUUUGAGGGCUCAGAAACUGCUACAGACACUACAUGUGAAGCAGAAGCAGAAGAUCCAUUCUCCUCAUUAUAUGGACUGGGGUUUGAAGUGGUGCCUACCUCCCCCACAUCUCUGUUCGACAUUCCUGAAUUUGGAAAUUUGAUUCAGCAGUUGGGAAAACUGGCAACAGAACCAGGCCUUGACAGCCAGAAUUAUGCAUGCAAGGGAUGUGGUCAUCCUGUAGGAAUGAAUUUUGGCAAAGCAAGAGUUUGCUCAUUUAGUGGUGGAUAUUUCUGUACUGAAUGCCAUGUUGGGCAAGAGUGGCUUAUACCAGCUCGUGCUAUUCACAACUGGGAUUUCCGUCGCUUCCCUGUUUCCCGUCGCUCAGCUGCAUUCCUUGAAGAGAUCCAGCAUCAUCCCCUUCUGGAUCUUAAGAGUUUAAAUCCUCGACUGUAUCUUGCUGUAGAUGACAUGACCCAACUUCAGCUGCUCCGUAUUCAGCUGAACCUGCUUCGUGCAUACUUGUUCACAUGCCGUGAACCAGUCAUUGAAGAACUGCAGAAACGUGUUUGGCCACGAGAAUACCUGUAUGAACACGUACACUUGUAUUCUGUUGCAGACUUACUUCAGAUUCCAUCUGGAACACUGGCACAUCUUCUUCAAAAAGUAGUUUCAUUUGCAAAAGGACAUGUCUUGUCUUGCUGGCUUUGCAGUCAGAAGGGUUUUAUAUGUGAAGUCUGCAACAAUCCCAAAGUAAUUUACCCAUUUGACAUGGAAUCUACAUACAGAUGUGGUGUCUGUAGUGCUGUAUUUCAUGUGGGCUGUUUAGAUGCAACAAAACCUUGUCCAAAAUGUGAGCGACGACAAAAGCGUGAAGAUCUCCCUCUGCUCGAAGGAGAUUCAUGACCAUGCUUGAAAACCACAAGUAUCCAACUUCAUUAUAAUAAGAUUAAGGAGUGUCAUUCUUCACCUGUCAUUUUUUUUGCAUAUUACUGUAUAUAUAUUUAUGAAAUAUGUAUGUGAAUAUGCUUCAGAAGCAGUACUUUAUCGUGUAUAUUUGAGAAAAUUCCGUACACCUAAUUUUUUUUGAAGUGAAAGCAGUUUGACAUUUAUUUAUAAUUAUGCUUAUAGUCAAUAAAAUCACAUUUGUGGUAGUACGUGUUCAAAGAUGAAACUGAUAAGGUGAAAAAGGAAUUGAAAACUUGCUAAAAUAAUAUAUUUACUGAAAUACUGUUUGCCAUUAAAUAAGAAAUAUACUUCAUUGAGAGAA